AUGUCGAGACGUGGGGAGGCCGUGUACGAGGAGCGCGAUUACUACUCCCGCGAAGGACCUCCUGUGCGAACGAGAGAGAGGGGGGACUCAGAUAUCCGCAGUAGGCGCAGUGGCUCGGAGCGAGGCAGUCGACCAGAUUUCCUCCGAGACGACUACGGACGGCCUGAGCCUGGACAGAUGGUAUUGAGAGAACGAGACACGGAGGUGUACUCUAGGCCGUUGGAACGCAGACCUCGAUCCCCUUCCCCAGUACGGGUAGUGCGUGAGAGGAUUAUUGAGAGAUCACCUACCCCGCCCCAACAACUCGAGAGAGUGAGGACUACUCGAAUCGUCGAACGACGCUCACCUUCGCCUCCCCCCGAGCGGGUCAGGACUAAGACUCGAGUUGUUGAGAAAAAGAGAUCGCCGAGUCUUCCCCCACCAGAGAGACUGCGUGCUAGAGUGGUUGAGACGAGAGAGAGAUUCCGCGAGCGGUCUCCUUCGCCGGUGCGGGUACGUGAGAGGGUUGUUGAGCGAGAGAGGGAGAUCAGAGAACGCACACCAUCUCCACAUAUCGAUCGAGUACGCAUCCGCAAUGUCGAGCAGGUCCGCCAGCCGAGCCCUGAACCAUCGCCACCCCCUCCUCCCCCUCCGAUUCGUGCACCUCCUAUCCACCAAGAAAUUAUCACCCACCACCGACACAUCGACCAUGGCUUUGAACUCGCCCGAGUUCCCUCUCCCCCACCCCGCCGCACCGAACAGCGCACCAAAGAAACUGAUAUCGAUAUCUACACCCAUGGAAAUCACACCGACGUAGAUAUUCGCAAGAAAACAGUCAGCACGCGAUCCCCGCCUCCAGCCCGACACGAUGACUACCACGAUGAUAGCGUAUUGUACGAGCAACAGCGGGAGAAACUGCGCUUUCGAGACGCCAGACUCGACGCCAGUCAUCGACGCAGCGUAAGUGCCAGACCCGAACGUAGAGAGCGAAGCAAAAGCCGUGUCCGAAUCGAUAUCCGCGGUGAUGAAGAUGAAGCCGAUUACUAUGCGCGGAAAGCCAAAGAGCGUGCAUACAUAGGUGAAGCAUACAACGGCGCCACGAAGGACUGGGCCAUCAUUGAUGUCCCACCCGGAACAGAGCGAGUGACGAUGGAUGGUGUUGGCGGCGGGAGUGAAGAGAUCACUUGGCAGAAAUACAACGGUGUGCGCAGAAGUAAAUUCAUUCCCGAGCGGGAGCGGGAGCGCGAGAGAGAUCGUGUUGUUGAGCGAGAGCUUAUUCGCGAGGAGCCGAGACGCGAAUCCCAAGGCAGUGGCCUGGAAAUCGAGAUAUCGAGUUCCAGCCGUCGACGACAAGGAGGUGGCUCGUACGAGCGCGAGUAUGAAAGGAUCGAGGAGACGUCUAGCCAGCAAGUGGGCUUUCCGCGAGCACCACCCAAACAGAGAAUGGGCGAUCUGUGGACAGAAAUUACGAAAGAUCUGGUCGUGAGGGAGGCGAUUGAGGAGAUGGGGUACGACUUCGAGGAGACGGAGUUCUUUUUCUACAUCAUUCAGUAUCUACGUUAUGAGGACGUGCUAGAACUAGUCCAGCUCUCCGAAACCAUCCGCCGCGAGCGCCAGGACCGCAUUCGUGAGAUCCAACGUGAACGUGAGCGCAUCGAGCGCCGGAACCACGAGCGAGACGAGUGGGAGCGUAGAGAGCGUCGAUGGGAACGCGAUCCUGGCUUCUCGGAUGAGAGGAUCAUCGAGAGGGAGAUUAUCUAUGAUGGGAGAGGACCGCCGCCUAGACGGGGGGGCUGGUAA